GGGUCCGGGAGCGCGGCGGGACGGGCGCACGACAGAGAGCGAGGCGUCGCGGCGGCGGCUGCUGCUGCUGCUCCUGCUCGGAGGUGGGAGGGAAGUGGUGACGGUCGCACCGCUCCUGCUGCAGCUGCUGCUACCGCUGCCGCCGCUGCUGAGGAAAAGCAUGUGUGCAGAGUUUGGUGGCAGAAUAUUUAAGGUGUGUGGGCAGUCUGUGGCAAAUACAUCUGAAGAAAGCGUGACUGGCUAAGGAGUUGGCUGAACUUGUGUGUGGAGACACAGAAGUGCCGGCAAGUCCAGGAAAAGAACUAAUUGGAAGAAUACUGCUAGACACAGAGGAAUUGGAACACUUAACUUCUGCAACAGACAGUCACUAAGAAUAAAAACAUUGGUAAAAAUAUCAGUAGUGAAAAGGCAGACUGGUAUUUUUUCAUUCUCUGUUGGAUUUUAUUACUUAAGAGACAUUUUCAUCAUCCCAUUUGAGUCAUCUUGAAUUUCUCUGUACGUAAAACUGUAACUGGACAGUUGCAUUUUAACAGUGUUUAGUAACACUUUUGAAUGUUAAAUCACUUGCCAAGAUGAGUGCUGAGGGAUAUCAAUACAGAGCUUUAUAUGACUACAAAAAAGAGCGAGAAGAGGACAUUGACUUGCACUUAGGAGAUAUAUUAACUGUGAAUAAAGGUACCUUACUAGCACUUGGAUUCAGUGAAGGGGAAGAAGCGAAGCCUGAGGAAAUUGGUUGGUUGAAUGGCUUUAAUGAAACCACAGGAGAGAGGGGGGAUUUCCCAGGAACUUAUGUAGAAUACAUUGGGAGAAAAAAAAUAUCUCCCCCCACUCCAAAGCCUCGUCCUCCUCGACCUCUUCCAGUGGCACCAAGUCCUGCAAAAGCUGAAUCAGAGAGUGAGCAACAAGGUUUUUCACUUCCAGACCUUACAGAGCAGUUUGCACCUCCUGAUGUUGCUCCACCAAUUCUUGUCAAGAUAGUAGAGACAAUUGAAAAGAAAGGUCUGGAGUACUCAACUUUGUAUGGAGCACAGGGUUCAAGCAGCACAGCGGAAUUAAGACAAAUUUUUGAAAGUGAUACAUCUUCAUUAGACUUAGAGACAUUUGAUGUUCACACUUUAUCAGAUGCUCUCAAGAGGUAUAUCCUGGACCUGCCGAAUCCCAUCAUUCCAGCAGCUGUUUACAGUGACAUGAUAUCUGUAGCUCAAGAAGUGCAGAGCUCAGAGGAAUAUGCUCAGUUGCUGAAGAAACUGAUCAGAUCUCCAAAUAUACCUCCCCAGUAUUGGCUCACACUCCAGUAUUUGCUCAAACAUUUCCUCAGAGUUUGUCAAGCCUCCAGCAAAAAUCUCUUGAAUGCAAGGUCUCUGGCUGAAAUUUUCAGCCCUCUGCUUUUCAAAUUCCAGAUAGCAAGCUCUGAUAAUACAGAACACCACAUAAAAAUACUAGAGGUUUUAAUCACAAGUGAAUGGAAUGAGAGACAGCCCGUACCAGCACUGCCUCCUAAGCCACCGAAACCUAAUACCGUAACUAACAAUAGCAUGAAUAACAACAUGUCAUUACAAGACGCUGAAUGGUACUGGGGGGAUAUCUCAAGAGAAGAAGUAAAUGAGAAGCUUCGAGACACAGCUGAUGGUACUUUUUUGGUACGGGAUGCUUCAACCAAAAUGCAUGGGGACUACACACUGACACUGAGGAAAGGAGGAAAUAACAAAUUAAUCAAAAUUUUUCACCGAGAUGGAAAAUACGGCUUUUCUGACCCUUUAACGUUCAACUCUGUGGUCGAGCUAAUAAAUCACUACCGGAAUGAGUCUCUAGCCCAGUAUAAUCCUAAACUGGAUGUAAAAUUACUCUAUCCAGUAUCUAAGUACCAGCAGGAUCAAGUUGUAAAAGAGGAUAGCAUUGAAGCAGUAGGAAAAAAAUUACAUGAAUAUAAUACCCAGUUCCAAGAAAAAAGCAGAGAAUAUGACAGACUCUAUGAAGACUACACAAGAACAUCUCAGGAAAUCCAAAUGAAAAGAACAGCCAUUGAGGCAUUUAAUGAAACAAUAAAAAUAUUUGAAGAGCAGUGCCAAACACAAGAAAGAUACAGUAAGGAAUACAUUGAAAAAUUUAAACGGGAAGGAAAUGAAAAGGAAAUACAAAGAAUCAUGCACAACUAUGAAAAACUGAAGUCUCGGAUAAGUGAAAUUGUGGACAGCAGGCGUCGAUUAGAAGAAGACUUAAAAAAGCAAGCAGCUGAAUAUAGAGAGAUAGACAAGCGUAUGAACAGCAUUAAGCCAGACCUCAUACAGCUGAGGAAGACAAGAGAUCAGUACUUGAUGUGGCUGACUCAAAAAGGCGUUCGGCAAAAGAAGCUAAAUGAAUGGCUUGGAAAUGAAAAUGCAGAAGACCAAUACUCUAUGUUAGAAGAUGAUGAGGACUUGCCCCAUCAUGAUGAGAGAACGUGGAAUGUGGGAAAUAUCAACAGAAGCCAAGCUGAAAAUCUGCUGCGGGGAAAACGAGAUGGAACAUUCCUUGUUCGGGAGAGCAGCAAACAAGGCUGCUAUGCCUGCUCUGUUGUGGUGGAUGGCGAAGUAAAGCACUGUGUGAUAAACAAAACACCUACUGGGUAUGGAUUUGCAGAGCCAUAUAACUUGUACAACUCGCUCAAAGAACUGGUGCUACAUUACCAACACACGUCACUUGUGCAGCACAAUGACUCUCUCAAUGUCACACUAGCCUACCCCGUAUAUGCACAGCAGAGGCGAUGAAGAUCUCAAUACUCUGGGUUGUUUGUUGUUUUUUUUUAAAGAAAUUAUUUGGCAACAUUAAGGCCUCUGGAGAGAAAAGGCUCCUUUCAGCUUUACUCAAGAAUUUGCAGUAUCUGUCUUCAGAUGGGACUAGAGAUUUCCUUCACAACUGCAGUGGGAGAGAUCACAGUGUUGUGCUGUGAAUGUAUGUUUGUAAUCUGAAGUGCUUUUUUUUUUAAUAUAUAUAUAUAUAUAUAUAUAUAUAUAAUUAUAAAAGAAAAACACAAGAGAAAAAUCCAAACCUGAUCUCCCUGCAGGGACACAGAGGCCUUUAAGCAUGGUGCUUGUUUACGACCACUUCUGAAGCUUUACCAGCUAGAACAUUGGAUUACCCAGACACAAGGUAUAAGAGGUCUGUGUCAUUCAGUUAUCGGAAUUUUGUGGUCACAAUCUGACUUGGAAUGGUGUUGCUGCACUCAGUGGAUCCAGACAUACAGCAUUGUGGUUCUAUUUUGGUUUCUGGUGAAUGAUAUGUAGCAGAGUGGCACUUUCAUUUCUAAGGGACACUUUAAAAGGACAUCAGUUACAGUAUAUUGUUCAGAGUAACUGUAAUAGCAAAGUGUCAGGAAGUGUUUUGUUUAGAUGAUUAAAAAUCCUGGUUUAAGAAUAUAUUUAAGACUGAAGAAAACAGGAUUUUCAAUGGCAUACAGUGUAUAAUAAUGUACAUAGUACUGGAUGACUAACUAUCAUUGAUGGAAACUGUCAAUACCAAACUGUCUUGGUUUUUUUUCCUUUUCUGUUUGCUGAAAGCUGAAUUUUUAGACUAUGCUAUGCAAUAUUGAAUUUUCUUUCGGCUGCAGUCUUCUCUCAAGCAUAUCUACAGAUUAGGCUUGUUUUUCUUGGUUUUUUUGUCCUUUUUUUUUUUUCCCCCUUUUGCCUAAGGGUAUUUUUUUUUUGUGAUUAUUUUUUGUUAAUAAUUUUCUUGGGGUUCUUUUUUUGUUUGUUUGUUAGUUGGCUUUUAUUUUUGUUUUGUUUUUAAUGUACAGGGAGCCAGCAAGAGUUGGCUUGAGAACUAAAACUAUGAAAUAUUUUACAAUUUUCAUUGUAUAGAAUAUUGAGCUACUAGCUCAAAGUUUAAGAAGUUCGUAAAUUUUUUUUUUUUACUAAAUAUUUUGUUGGGCAGUGCCUGAUAAGCUUCUAAGCUGCUUAAUUCAAUAAAAAAUAUAUGAACAUUAGAAAAUAUCACUGAGUCCAACAAUACUGUUUCAGAGUUAUCUUUAGAAUACGGUACCAUGGUACAUUUGCUUCUUGAAGCAUUUUGAACUUCUGUCAUGAUUGUCUUUGUAUAUGGAAGACAAGAAAAAUAGUGUAUCCUUCUUUGAUAGUGACUGCAGAAAAAAUGGGGAUAUUUUGCUACUGCAGUGUAGAGUGUAGAUAGUUUGGAUCUCAGAAUGAGUCCACCUUCAUAGUAAAUAAAUGACUUCUUGACCUCUUAUGACAGAAUUUUUGUCAGCCUGUAAAGGUAUUUUCAUUUCACAUGAAGGAAGUUUCUCUAAUCUGUUGCCUAGGUUUGUUUUUUGUAUUAGUAUUGUGUGGAAAAAAAAUCUUCCACCUCUACUGAGAAUAUUUGGAUACAAUGUAGAAUUAAUUAAGACUGGAAAAUGUCUUUUUUGAAAAUGAUUAGGCUAUGAUAUAUAUUUUCAAAAGUCUGUAGUCUCAGACAGGAUCAAAGUGAAGACUUCCAUAAUUUCAGGGCACCAGAGACUUACAAAAUCAUAGUUCAGUUAAAAGAAACAAAUGCAUAAAUCUCACUAAAACAAAGUUACCCAUAAUCCUGGGAUAGUUCACUGUCAAUAGUUCGCAAUGGUUAUUUAUUGUCCUAACCACUGAGGAAAUUCAUAUGUUGCAAAUCAAAAAAGUAAUGAAGUUCAGAGAAAUCUUGGAAAAUAUUUGACUAAGUGAACAUAUGAAAUUAUUGUUCCCCCAAGACGCAAAAGAUAAGAUCCAUUACUAUUGAAGAGAGUUGCACACACAAUCAAAAGAGUGAGACCCAUGGAGUUCUCUCAUAAUAGUUCUAGUUAGAGAACCUUGUGUUUUAAUUCAAAGUAUGCAAUGCUUUAUAAGCUAUUGGAAAUAAUAAUAAGAAAUUUGCCAGUCUCCAAUUAUCUUUGUAUUAUCUUUUCGUUUUUACAUUGUUACUUCAGUUCUGAGGCUGUAAGGCUUUUGAUUUUAUUUUGACUUUGUGGUUUGUAUUUGGGGGGGUAUUUGUUUGUUGGUUGGUUUUUUAGUUGGGGUUUUUGGGGUUUUUUUUGUUUUGUUUGUUUUGUUGUUGUUUUUUUUUGUUUUUUUUUUUUUUUUUUUGUGGGUGGGUGGGUUGUCUUUGCUUUCUUACAGUUGUAUUUUCUUAUUAGAAUUAAUAUCAGGAAAAAAGAUUCAGCAAACAUUGUUUCAUGAUAGUCAUCACUUAGAAAAUUAUUCUGAAUAUUUUUCCUGAAUAGAAGUUGUCUUCAUGCCUUCCCUUUCUCAUUCCACACUGCUUUCAGGCCUGUAGGACCAUAUGAAUCUGUUAUACUAAUAACUGAUUUGUAGUAUGAAAAACACCAACAAGGUACUCUAGCAUGCCAGUUAUGCUAUUGGGCUUGAAGUUACAGGUUAGUUCAUUAUACAGCAGUUUAACAUUUGUAGCAAUCCAAGAUAUUCUUCGGACAUAUAUUAAUUUCUGAAUGUUAAAUAUUUUAAGAGUAAAAUUGUAAUUUUUUUCUCUGUAGACAAAACAUAUGUAAUCUGAAUUGAUGUUUUAUGUAGCAUUUGUCAAGAAAUUUUAUCAUAGUAAAGCAUUUGGAUCUAAUUUUCCUCAUUAAGAAAACCCCUGCUAUGUCAGUGGGCCAUAUCCUUAGCAUGCCCAGCCCAGUAUGGAAUAUAAUUGGUUCCUGUGUGCUGUGCAACUUCUCUUUGUGUGUGGGUGUAGCAGAAAAAAAAAAAAAAAAAAUAGUGUGUGUGCAGAUUUGACACUUGCUUUUCUUGCACAAGCAACAAUGAGAAAUAAGCACUAUGUUGUAAGGAUGAGUGCUUAGGGCUUCUUAAGGGGAUGUUCUGCCUACACAGGGUCUGUGCAAUUUGCAGGGAUCAUUUACGCCCUCAAAUUGGCAUGAGUGGGUUUUCUUUGGUACUUACAUAUUGUGUGGCCUCUGCAUUUCUCUCCCUCUUUAAUGCACAGAGCUAAGACCUGCCAAAGGCCCUAUUCACUGCAGAGUUGUUUGUCUUUAAUGUACCAUAUUGUUCACUCCAGUUUUGAUUUGAUCUCAGACUACUAUAUACAGAAAAAAAAGCAUGGGGAUAUAACUGAAGAAACACAGUGUUUUUCUGUAUUUCUAUUGAUGCAUAGGUUUUUUUCCAUCUAAUAUACUUCAUGGAUGGGCUUCUUUUUUUUUUUCUUUUUUUCUUUUUUUUUUUUUUUUUGGAGCUUUUUGUUUUGUUUUAAAUCCCUGAGUUGUGCUGCACUGCAGCAUCUCUUUCAUGAGGCCUUUGAAAGGCAUGAGACAUAGCAAAGAGAACCAAAACUCACAAGCAAAAUUAAGAGAUUCUGAUUUACUUAAAGGUGAAAUAUGAAUUUGCAGGUUGGGGAUGCAUAUCUGUGCAUACUCAUACACACUUGCUGUGUUUAUGUAUGAACAGUUCCCAAUAUAGAUGCAUUUUCACAGAACAUGAUCAUUUUGAUGAAUUUAGUAAGUGAUAUCAUUGACUUCGUUUAAAGACGCACACAUGCACACUAGAUCUUUGUGGGUGCAGCAUGUUUCCAGAUACAGUUAGAAAACUGAGUUUCUGUGUUGUUGGAUAGUUUCUUAAAAAAAAAAAAAAAGGCAAAAAAAAAAAAAAAAAAAGCUUGUCUCUAUGGUUACGUUAUCUUGUCAAGCAAUCUGUAAAACCAAAUCUUCAGAUUUUCUAUUUGGUGUCAACUGUUCUGUAGUGAAAAAAUGGCUUUGUCUUGUAAUUGGCAAUGAAAUAAUAAUGCUUGGGAAAACAUUCAGAUGCUUCUAAUGGGGAAAACUGCCGAUUUUCACACAGUGCUUUUGCUAUGCAUGUUAUUAAGUUGGGAAAGUGAAUCCUGAUACUGUUUUUUUCAGGGUCACUUUAGAAAUGGGCAGCUCAAAGCAUAAUGCCUCCCAUGGGACAAAGUUACAAAGUCCAACAUUUUAUGUAGAAUCGUGCUCUGCUUACUGCAGCUAAGACUAAACUGUAGGAGUUGGUAAGGUUCCACUGCACUUGUCCUGAUGAGAUUGCAUUAGCUGCCCAUAAUGCUGCUAUUUUUUUUUUUUUAAUUCUUGUUUUUUGAAAAUUGAGCUCUGUUCUGUUACAUGUCUUUAAAACAUUAAGAUUACUUUGUUUUAAAAUUGUCGUUGAGGAGGUGGAGAGUAAAGCAGAUUGUAAAUUGCCUUUACAAGGCAACAGUGAAAACAUGCCUCCUUUUUUGUUCAAGCUGUAGAGUUGAUGGAGCUGUGUCUUGUUUUUGAGUUGCUUUAAAAAUUGUAAUAAGUCUUCAAGCAGAAUAAAGGUUGUUUUGAAACUGCA